AUGUCUGGUGGGAAAAUGUGGAGGGUUGUGAAAGAAAGGAAACCAGCUUUAAAGAUCCGGGAAGGAACACUGGAGCGGCUGGUGCAGACCCAACUGAUGGCAUUCAGGGACGAUAAGCUUGCCUACACCAGCAUCUUCCUGUCCACAUACCGCGCCUUCGCCAGCACGCACACCGUGCUGCAGCUGCUAGACAAGUACGUCUGGUUCUGGGCUGGGGGCCCAUGGUGGCUAGAGUGUAUAGCAGGAGCUGACAACAGCUGGUCCUGGUGGGACCUAUUGUUCAAGAAGGUGAUUCCUCACCACUGCCUGGGCUCCAUCUGGUCCCAGAGGGAUAAGAAACAGAACAAGCACAGUGCUCCCACCAUCCGUGCCACCAUCACCCAGUUCAACGCUGUGGCAGCGUGUGUGGUCAGCACCAUACUGCACCGACAACAGAUCCGCCCGCUCCUCAGGGCACGGGUCAUCAAGCGCUGGAUAGACAUCGCUCAGGAGUGUCACGUGCUUAAGAACUUCUCCUCUCUCCGUGCCAUUGUGUCUGCACUGCAGUCCAACCCACUCUACAGACUGAAGAGGGCCUGGUCCUGGGUGCCCAAAGACAGCAUGUCUACGUUUGGGGAGCUAUCAGACAUCAUACAUCACAAACUCUACCUGACCAGCGAAGAGCUGCUGAUGAGGGAGGGCACCUCUAAGUUUGCCAAUCAGGUAGGCUGUGCUAAGGAGCACCAGAAACACACUCACAAACGAUUCCAGAGGAAAUUAGAAAUGGGUGCCAUGCAGGGGACGAUACCUUACCUGGGCACCUUCCUCACAGACCUGACCAUGUUAGAUACGGCCCGGUCAGACCUAGUAGAGGGGGGGCUAAUCAACUUUGAGAAGAUGCGAAGGGAGUUUGAGGUGAUCGCUCGGAUCAAGCUGCUGCAGUCUGCGUGUAACAGCUACUGUCUUAUUGCUAACGCUGCCUUCCUGCGCUGGUUCAAGUGCCAGCCUCAACACAGAGAGGAGGAGAGCCAUGCCAUGUCUUGUGACAUUGAAGGAGUGGGAGACAGAAGUAAGACUUCAUGCAAACUUUGCAAGGGCAUUGUCAAGAGACUUAGCCAGCAGUCGCACACAAGACGGUUGCUCUCCCUAACGCCCAUGUCCCCCUCCUCUCCCCUGCCCCCUGCCUACAACACCCAGGCUCAGGACGCCUGCAUCAUCAGAGUCAGCCUGCAGCAGGGCAACGGCAACCUCUACAAGAGCAUCAUGUUGACGAGUCAGGAUAAGACUCCAGCAGUGAUCUCUAGAGCCGUGGCCAAACACAACCUGGAGAGUGAGCCUGGGGAGGGAUACGAGCUGGUGCAGGUCAUCUCUGACGAAAGAGAACUGGUGAUUCCUGACAAUGCUAAUAUGUUUUACGCCAUGAACACCUCUGCAAACUUUGACUUCCUGCUGCGUGUGCGAGGCACGGCGGGGUGGCCUGUCCAGCUGAGGAGUCGCUAUGCCUCCACACUCCCCUACGCCCAGCAGCGUGCCAGCCUACGCCUCAGCAAGGCAGCGGGGGACCGGCUGCAACCUGGCCACACGGUGAGUCAGCUAGAAACCUGGAAGAUCCGUGCUGGAACUCUGGAGCGGCUGGUAGAGACCCUGCUGACGGGGUUCCGGGGCAAUGACCUCACCUACACCAGCAUCUUCCUGUCCACAUACCGCACCUUCGCCAGCACGCACACCGUGCUGCAGUUGCUGCUAGACAAGUAUGGAAUUCCAGAGGAUAGUGAAGGACAGACUGAGCAAUGUAGACCCUCUGAAACCAAAGGAGCUGUUCGAAUUGCCCUUGCCUCCAUCUUGAGAGCCUGGAUGGGCCAGUAUCGAGAGGACUUCCAGGAGCCUCCAUCCUACCCCUGCCUCCACAGGGUGAUGGCCUACCUACAGAGGGCCCUGCCUGGAUCGGAGCCCAUGCGUAAAGCCCAGAGUCUACUGGAGCAGCUGAAGGCUGAGGCCAGUCUGGAUGUAGACUCAGAGGGUUUCUCCAGCGGUUUUGACAGCAUACGCUCCUUCGGCCUGUGUGAGGAUGAGGAAGUGGAGAUUGAGGUCCAGGAAGACUUCAUGUCAUUUGAUACAGAUUUGGUGGCAGAGCAACUGACCUAUAUGGAUGUGUUGUUGUUCAAUAAGGUGAUUCCUCACCACUGCCUGGGCUCCAUCUGGUCCCAGAGGGAUAAGAAACAGAACAAGCACAGUGCUCCCACCAUCCGUGCCACCAUCACCCAGUUCAACGCUGUGGCAGCGUGUGUGGUCAGCACCAUACUGCACCGACAACAGAUCCGCCCGCUCCUCAGGGCACGGGUCAUCAAGCGCUGGAUAGACAUCGCUCAGGAGUGUCGCGUGCUUAAGAACUUCUCCUCGCUCCGUGCCAUUGUGUCUGCACUGCAGUCCAACCCACUUUACAGACUGAAGAGGGCCUGGUCCUGGGUGCCCAAAGACAGCAUGUCUACGUUUGAGGAGCUAUCAGACGUCUUCUCGCAUCACAACAACUACCUGACGAGCCGAGAGCUGCUGAUGGGGGGAGGGCACCUCUAAGUUUGACAAUCAGGUAGGCUGUGCUAAGGAGCACCAGAAACACACUCACAAAUGAUUCCAGAGGAAAAAUGAAAUGGUGAGCUCUUCAACUUUGAGAAUAGGUGACAGACUGUUCCAGGGAGUUGACCCCUCAGCAGCCAGUUCCACGUUGAGUGAAACACAGCCUGGCCCGCCCUGCAUGUGCUGUCGCUUGGUCUUCCUGUUGGCCAUGUCCCUUGCC